CUCACCCACCGGGGAGGUGACCAGACCGCCGUUGCCACGGAGACUAAUAGGCGUUCCGGUUGCCCUGGUGACCGGCGCCUACUCUCCUGGCCCGGGUUCCGGAGGCUUCAGUCAAGAUCCUCCCUCAUUGGCCCUAGACCCCUUGUCCCUACCCACUUCCCCAGGUCAUGCCAGAGCUCCUUUGCGAAGUUCUGCAGAUAUCCAAGUCUCCUUCCCAGAUAGCAGACUUUCAGGCAAGGCGUUUCAACGCUCAGCACCUGCAGCUGAGGCAUAUCCACAACCAAGAGACUUUCCUCCCUGAGGAUCAACACCUCCCCCUGCCAUCCUAAGUCAAGGUCUUGACCUAAGGACUUAUAACAACCAAGCCAAAGCCCAGAGCUACUCGGGAGGCUGAGGCAGGAGAAUCACUUGAACCCGGGAGGCGGAGGUUGCAGUGAACCGAGAUUGCGCCACUGCACUCCAGUCUGGGCAACAGAGCAAGACUCCAUCACAAAAAGAGAAGAGAAGAGAAGAGAAGGCCAGCAGGCAGAUGGAAGCAGAUGAGAUCAUAGAAGAGCCUCAUACCACCAUGGAUGCAGAGGAGCACCCCCCUUCAAAGGACCCCUCUGCUGAGGACUUACAGGAGAACCAUAUCUCUGAAAGCUUCUUGGAGCCUUCCACCUCUGAGACCCCCUUACAGCCCCAUACCUCUGAAUCCCCUUUGGUGCCAUCCCCUUCCCAGAUCCCCUUAGAGGCCCAUUCCCCUGAAACCCAUCAGGAGCCUUCCACCUCUGAGACUCCUUCAGAGACCCCUACCUAUGAGGCUUCAUUGGAUAGUCCCAUCUCAGUGGUGCCAGAGAAACACCUUACUCUUCCUCCCCAAUCACGAGGCUAUGUCUGUCUGUCUUCUUCUGAUAAUCUGAAGGAAGACCUCUCCUCUGAGUCUUCUUCCAAUGAGGUCCCAUGGACAAGGAGGUCUACCCAUCUCUCUGAAUCUGAGAGCCUUCCAGAACACUCUCUUUCAGGCCCUUCAGCCCAGGUCCAAGUGGACACAACCGAAAAGCAGGAGGAAGAAGCAGGAGAGGUUGAAAAGGGAGUAGAUGCCAGUGACAGCACUGCUCACACAACCCAACCUGGACACCAACUAGGUAACACAGCCCACCCAGUGUUCCCUGCUAGGCAGACAGAGCUGGUGGAAGUGGCUAAGGCAAUGCAUAGAGAGGAGUUUGGUGCUCAGGUGGACAAUCUUUUCCAGUGGGAGAAGGAUGCAGCCCUGAAUGCCAUCCAGACAGGUCUCUACAUUGGCUGGCGCUGCCCCCAUUACCUAUGGGACUGUUUCCGGAUUGGGGAUGAGUCCAGAUGCUUUUGUGGACACUUGUUGAGAGAGCACCGGAUCAUCUCAGACAUAUCGGUGCCCUGCAAGGUAAGCCAGUGCCGCUGCUUCAUGUUCUGCUUUAUCCCAUCACGCCCAGAGGAGGUGGGUGAGUUCUGGCUCAAGAGACGGGUCACCUUUGACCCCAAGGCCUGGAGGGCCCAAUGUCGCUGCAAACACAGCCACGAAGAACAUGCAGCCACUGGGCCCCAUCCCUGCAGGCAUCAUGGCUGUUGCUGCGGCUGUUUUGAGUCUAAUUUCCUCUGUGCGGCCUGUGACCAGCGCUGGGAGGAACACGAGACUUUCUUUGACACCCAGAAGACCCGGCGACGAGGAGAGAGGCCUCACGGGACAGACACUGUCAGCAACUGGCACAGGCCUUUGUGAGUCUGGCCCAGAUCAGCAAUAAAAGAGGAGUCAUUGGAACCUGACUUGGCUCUAUAUGGGGCAGGUAGAUCCCAGCCCAGGGAGAGACUGCCUAAUAACUUAGAGUUGACACCUAUUAGACACAGGAGAAAGCCUGGAUCUGGCCAUCUGCCUCCAUCACACCCACAUUCAAGCUGCCUGUUGAAGGAAAGUGGCUUCAAGGAAGUCAAGAAGGGAGGAAGUUUCAAGAAGGAUAGAGUGGGAAGUGAUGUUAGAUGCAGUUGGGGCACCAAUAAGAUAAAGACUGAAAAGUGUCCAUUGGGUUUUGCAAUUAGAAGAUCUUUGAGAACAUCGGAGAGUGCAGUUUCACACUGGUGCAGUGGAGGAGGAGUCAAACAGCAGUGAGUUUCAAGGAGUCUCUUAAAGAAGCUUGGAUGAAAAGUACAAAAGUAAAGUCAGACAAUAUCCAGAGGGAGUUGUGGAGUCAAGGAAGUACUUUUGUAGGAAGGAAAAGGGGAAGAGGCCAGUAGACUAAAGGACCUUGAAGGACCCAGAAGAGAGAGAAGAGAUGCCUGGUGAGACAAGAUCCCAGAGAUGGAGGAAAGGGAUGAGGUCAAAGCAGAGGUGAAGGGAUUUGCUCUGGACAGGAGAAACACCACUUCCUAUGACCAAGAUGAAGGAAGAGGAUGGAGCCUUCCUAGAGUUUCAGGGAACAAGAACCUGUGGAAGUUCCCCUCUGAUGGCUUCUAUACGCCCUGUGAAGUAGGAGAUAAGGCCAAUGGCUGGGGUCCAGGGAGAGAGGGAUAAGAGUAGGGAACAGGAGACAAGAAGAGAAAGGGGAAGGUUUGGGAAAGCUAAUGUAGGGAACUGGAGAAAAACCUGAUCAGUGGGUAGUUCAGGAUUCGGGCACAGUUGGAAGUGAGAACCUAGUUAGAGAAGCAGAGAAUCCAAAUAUUUAAUGGGUUGAUGAUGUGAGGGUGUCAGGGAGGAAGAUCAGGAAAACAAAGCAAAAGAAGGCAUGAGGAUGUGAAGGGAGCAUACAGCACCAAUAGGGAAAGAAAGUGAUGCCAGGAGGCAAAUGACAGAUUGAAAAAGGGAGCAGUUAAAGGAAGAGAAGUCUCUAAUGAGGUACAGUAGCAGACGUAGGGGCAGGGGUUGGAGUACAAGAGACAGUGUUCAGAGGCUGCAGAGCGUAACAUCUUUCAGAUGAGGGCAAGUGAAGGUGAUAAGUGCUUGAAGUAGAGAAGACUGUGGGCCAAGGAUCAAAAUCAGUGAAUGUGGGAAGUGACUAGGGAGUCCAUAGGUUCUUAUGGGAGUAGGAGAUUCCAGCAGUAAUGGGCUCUGUGACCCCAGGCAAGUCACUGUCCCUCUUUAGGCUGAGUUUCUGGACCUGUAAAACAGGAAUAACCUCUGUGUUGCCUACUUUCUAUAAGAACCAAAGAAAUAA